UCGAUCGUACGUAUACCUGAUCUGAUUAAAGCUGCCGCAUCUGAUGAAAUGCCUGCUUUAGCCAUUACAGACCUAUCCAACCUGCAUGCAGCUGUUAAGUUUUAUAACAAAUCGCUGGGGAAAGGGAUUAAACCUAUUUUCGGCAGUGUAAUUCGAUUAAACGAUGCAAACCAUAAAGCAACCUUACUGGCAAUGACCAAUAAAGGCUGGCGUGGUCUGACUGAAAUUGUCUCUCGCGGCUUUAUUGAAGGGCAACAACUGUCGAUUCCAUGUGUACAAAAAGAAUGGGUGCUUGAACAGUCUCAAGACCUUAUUGUACUUUUGGGUCUACAUAGUGAUGUCGGAGAAAUGCUCUGUGCAGCUUAUCCUGAAAAAGCCGAACCACUGUUAGAACAAUGGAUCGAAAAAUUUGGCAAUCGUGUUUAUUUAGCGCUGACGCGUACAGGAUUCCAUGACCUACCAGACUAUCCAAUUCCGGAAGGUCAUACUAUCCAUUCUUACUUUGAGCAUCUUUCUGAAAUUGGUUUAGAAGAACGCUUAGACUUCCUUUACCCUAUUGAAACACGUGAUGAAGAUUGGGCUGAAAUUCGUAAGCCUUAUGAUGAACGUCUGGCCUAUGAGCUUGGCAUUAUCAAUAAAAUGGAUUUCCCCGGUUACUUCCUCAUCGUCAUGGACUUUAUUCAAUGGUCUAAAAACAAUGGGGUUCCUGUAGGUCCCGGUCGUGGUUCAGGUGCAGGCUCACUCGUCGCUUAUAGUUUAAAAAUUACUGACUUAGACCCGCUGCGUUAUGACCUACUCUUCGAACGUUUCUUAAACCCAGAACGUGUAUCCAUGCCCGACUUUGAUAUCGAUUUCUGUAUCGCUGGGCGUGAUAAGGUCAUCGAUUAUGUGGCACGCCAUUAUGGUCGUGAUGCGGUUUCUCAGAUUGCAACCUUCGGUACCAUGGCUGCUAAAGGUCUCACCUUAGAAGAAUCUAUUGAGGCUGAACCACAACUUAAAGAUAUUGUGACCAAUCCAUCCAACCCAGAUUAUGAUGAUGCUGCUGAAAUCUGGGAAAUGGCGCUCAAGCUUGAAGGCAUUACCCGUAAUACAGGUAAACACGCAGGUGGUGUGGUCAUCGCACCAACCAAAAUCACCGAUUAUUCGGCAAUUUUGUGUGAAGCUGAUGGCACAGGACGGGUUGCCCAAUUCGAUAAAGAUGAUGUAGAAGCUGCGGGCCUAGUAAAAUUCGACUUCUUGGGCUUACGUAACCUUACUGUAAUUGAAGAUGCGAUUCAAAAUAUUAAUAAGCGUAUUCAAUCUGAUAAGCCGUUAAAUAUUUCAAACAUUCCUUUGGACGAUCCUAAAUCCUAUGCAGUAUUUGCUGACGCAAAUACCACCGCGGUAUUCCAGUUUGAAUCCGUGGGCAUGAAAAAAAUGCUUAAAGAAGCACGCCCAAGUAAAUUUGAAGAAAUUAUUGCCUUCGUAUCCUUAUAUCGACCGGGUCCAAUGGACCUUAUCCCCGACUUUAUCCAUCGUAUGCAUGGUGGUGAGUUUGAAUACUUACAUCCGCUGUUAGAAAGUGUACUCGAACCCACUUAUGGGAUCAUGGUAUAUCAGGAACAGGUGAUGCAAGCCGCACAGUUCUGUGCAGGCUAUACACUGGGUGGUGCAGAUUUACUUCGUCGUGCGAUGGGUAAAAAGAAAGUCGAGGAAAUGGUCAAGCAACGUGCCACCUUUAUUGAAGGUGCUGCGAAAAAAGAUAUUGAUGAAGGUACAGCCAACCAUAUCUUUGACUAUAUGGAAAAAUUCGCAGGCUAUGGUUUUAACAAAUCACAUGCCGCUGCGUAUGCUUUAGUUGCCUAUCAAACGGCUUGGUUAAAAGCACAUUACCCUUCUGAAUUUAUGGCUGCGGUCAUGUCUUCGGAAAUGCAAAAUACAGAUAACAUUGUAUUUUUAAUUGAUGACUGCCGAAUCAACAACUUAGUGGUAUUGCCGCCAUCGGUAAAUAUGUCGUUCUACCAAUUCUAUGCCAGUGAUGUAAACACCAUUAUUUAUGGUUUAGGUGCAAUUAAAGGUGUCGGCGAACAGGCCAUGCAAUCCGUGAUUGAUUCACAUUUGAAAAAAAUCAAUAAAAGAACAUUGGAAGCAUUGAUUCGCGCUGGCGCACUGGACUGUUUGGGAAUUGAACGCUCAAGUUUAAUGGCUCAACUUCCAGAAGCUGUCCAAGCCGCUGAACAGGCACGUUCUAAUCGUGAAACGGGCAUUAUGGACUUAUUUGGUGAAGUUGAAGAGGUUCAACCACGUAUCGAAGUCUCUGCGAAUCAUGAACGCUUCCAACGCUUUAAAGACAUCAUUCAAAAUGAAAAAGUGGUGGUGAUUGAAGAAGUGAUGACGAAAACUUUAGCCUCGGAUAUUCAAAAGAUCUUACUGCCUUUCUGUAAUGUCGAUAUGUGUCAACACAUUCCAAUGCAGAUUCAGUUAGAUUAUGACUAUGCCACGGCUGAGUUACAUUUAGGGCAACAAUGGAAAGUUGCCCCAUUGGAUGAGUUACUUUCUAAAUUACGUGAUUACUUUGGUAAAGAAUCUAUUCAUAUUGAAUACCAAGUCAAAUCUAAAGCGGCAAAAGCCGUGGAUCAUCGUGGACUUGCCCAACCGACUCAACAUUUAAGUCAUGUACGUAUUGUCAUGGUCAAUACGACGCUUCCUGCCAAUAUCGGAAGUGCUCUACGUGCUAUGAAAACAAUGGGCUUAACCAAACUUGUGCUCGUUGCGCCUAAAACCUACCCUCACCCUGAUAUAGAUGCGUUAGCGGCUGGCGCAGCAGAUCUGAUCGAGCAAAUUGAAAUUGUCGACAGCUUAGAAAAUGCCAUUAAAGAUUGUCAUAUCGUAUUUGGAACCAGUGCACGUAGUCGCACCAUUCCGUGGCCUUUGCUUGAUGCACGCCCUGCGGCGCAAAAAUCAAUGCAGGCUGUUAUCCAACACCAACAAGAAAUCGCUAUUGUCUUCGGUCGUGAAGAUCGUGGUUUAACCAAUGAAGAACUUGCGCUGGCAAACUUUCAUGUCACAGUCCCAGUAAAUAGUGAUUAUGGUGUGUUAAAUGUUGCUCAAGCAAUUCAGGUACUGUGCUAUGAAAUGCGUAUGGCAACAUUGGAAUUAGCUGACAAGAAACUGGAUACUGAAGCGGUGAUGCGGGUAACAGAUUCAGAAGAUAUGCAUUGGGAUGAACCUUUGGUCACACAUGAGCAAAUGGAACAAUUUUAUCCGCAUAUUGAAAAAAUGUUGGCUGAUAUCGAAUUUUUAGACCCUAAAAACCCGCGUUUACUGCCUUUACGCUUGCGUCGAUUAUUUGGGCGUAUACAAUUAGAUAAGAUGGAAUAUCAUUUAUUAAGAGGCAUUUUUAGCCGAGUUCAAGCCUUGAAUAAUGGUACAUGGAAAAAGUCAAAAGAUGAGGAUCAAAACUAA